AUGGUACUUUCUGUCGGAUCGUUAAGUCGCAAUUUCAAUCCGAUGGCAAUAACAUUAAGUUUGGGGCUCGCUUCUGCGCACGUUAUACCAUCGGAAACAACUGACGAUUAUACGCGUUCCCAACCAUAUGAUGACGGUUUCGACGAUGAGCUUGACAUAGAUCUUAUGAUAUUCAGCUUAGUUUUCAUGGUCUUCUGUUAUUUUUUGCUGACUAUCGUGUACUUCACUGUCAAAUUCUUCAUCAGAAGGUACUUUAGAGCAAGCAUCUCAUUGAAUGGCAAUGAUGGACGCCGCAGAGUACAUGGUCCUGUCAACGCUAGAUGGCCCAGUGCUUUGGAUGAUGAGGAGUUGGUUAAGGAACGGUUGGCCAUGAUGUCACCCGAAGAACAGUUUUACUACAGACAGGGUGAGGAAUUCAUCAAACAAAAUCCACCUCUUAUUGUGCCUGAUCAGACCGUAGAUGGUCAAGAAAUCGUUGAUCCCAUCAUAAAUGAACAGACUUUGCAAUAUAUUGAAGAAGAAGGCGCCCGGGCAUGGGAAUUUCAGCCAGAUUCUAAUCUUCCGAACGACACAGUUCUCGUGGAAAAUAAGACCGAAAUCACUUUCUUAAACUAUAACUACGAUGCAUCCGUAAUAUCCAAUCUUCCCAUUCCUCUUUUGAACCGCGUUUAUUAUUGUGAAUUCAAGAUUUUCGAGCUCAACACUGCUGGCAGUAACAAUAUUCACCUUUCUAAAAACGAAAUGAUUUCGUUUGGUCUAACAACCGCUCCAUACCCAUAUUUCAGGUUACCAGGUAGACACCAUCACUCUAUUGCAUAUGACUCCACAGGAGCUAGGAGAUUUAAUGAUUCUUUUGAGCUAGCUCCAGAGUUAGCUUCGAUAUUCCCUCGCUGCGAAAAAGGUGAUGUCAUUGGUAUUGGCUACAGGACUAAUAGUGGAACAGUUUUCUUUACGCGCAAUGGUAAGAAACUGAGUGAAAAAUCUAUCGGAGGUCACAUCAAAGGUUGGAAAUUCAAGUACAUAUACCCUAUUGUCGGUGCGAACAUUCCGUGUAAGAUUCACGUUAAUUUUGGAUCCUAUGGUUUCGUUUACAUUGAAGCAAAUGUGAAGAAGUGGGGUUAUGCGAAGUCAAAUGGUCUGAAAUUGCCACCUCCGUCAUAUGAAGAUUAUGGCCAAGAUGUAUUGUUAGAAAGCAGCUAUGAAGAUGAUGCUACAGAUAAUGAGAGUGUGUCUACAAUGGACGGUGAUAUUAUCGAUAGCGAAGGUCAUUUAUUACCACCACCACCUGGCUUCGAGUUUAGUACCUCGCCUCAUGCAAUUCGUUCUGAUGAGUAUACGCUCAACUCUUUACCUGCUGAACCUCCCAGUUACGCCUCUGAUGAUCAAGUAAAUCAAGAGGAAGAAGACACAGCUCAGCAACUUCAGGAAAUAGUUGAAGAGGACUCACAAUACCAUUUAAGUGAGCAUUUGGACCAUGAAGAUCCUCAAGCGCAACAAAGAGAGCAAUCUCAAGAGGAAUCUGGAAAAAAGGGAAAUUUGGGCGAUAACACAAUUGCAAAUCAGUUCUUAUAG